GAUUCUGAGGAAGCGGAAGAAGCUGAAAAGGAGGCGAGGGCGGAAGUGGCGGCGUUUUAGGUUUGGAAUUGGAGAAAACGGGAUUCUGUUAGACGGGCAGGCGGUGGACUGUUUUCCGCGGCGGUCCCGCAGGCGGGAGCGGUUGCAGCAUUGUUUGCUGACAGUCUCACCUUUCUAUUGGAACUUGUGCCAUUGUUGUAGGCCAUGGCAGGUCGACGUCCUAAUGGGCCAACUCUAGGCAAGAUCUCUCAGUUUAAAUUGGUGCUCUUGGGAGAAUCAGCUGUUGGGAAGUCAAGCCUUGUCUUGCGCUUUGUAAAAGGACAGUUUCAUGAGUAUCAGGAGAGUACAAUCGGAGCUGCUUUCCUCACGCAGACCAUUUGCUUAGAUGAUACAACAGUCAAGUUUGAAAUCUGGGAUACAGCUGGACAGGAGCGCUACCACAGCUUGGCCCCUAUGUAUUACCGAGGGGCACAAGCUGCCAUAGUUGUUUAUGACAUCACUAAUAUGGAUACCUUUGUGCGUGCCAAGAAUUGGGUGAAGGAACUGCAAAGGCAAGCUAGUGCUAGCAUCAUCAUUGCCCUGGCGGGGAACAAGGCUGACUUGGCCAGCAAACGAGCUGUUGAUUUCCAAGAAGCCCAGAUCUAUGCAGAGGACAACAGCUUGCUGUUUAUGGAAACAUCAGCGAAGACAGCAAUGAAUGUGAAUGAGGCUUUUGUGGCAAUAGCAAAGAAACUUCCCAGAAAUGAACCACAGAGUGCAACAGGAACAGCAGGCAAGAAUCUAAAUGUCAGCCUCCAGGAGAGUACCCAAUCCAGCAAGGGGCAAUGUUGCAGCCACUAAGGAUUCUUGUCUGGCAGCUCCAGUUGGAAUGUGUCUGAAUCAAUUGCACUUGCAGAAGACCAGCUGCCAGGAUCUUUUUUCCUUUCUCCUCUAUUGAGAUUUUUUACCUCAUAGAAUAGGGGAGAGGAGCACAGCAGAGGCCAUUUCUCUUGUGAAGAAACAAUAGAUUUGUUUUUUUAAGAAGUCUUUUUUUAAAAUACAGAUGAACAACGGCACUCUUCUGGGUGGACAAUGUGUGCUUUCAAAACUUUGGUCCUUCUUCCUUUCUGCCUUUUAUCUUCUGAAGGGAUUUAUACUCUUGCACUUGCUCAGAGCUCCCUGGAAGAAGAGACAUCCUUUCCCAAGACAAAAUGUGUCUUCUAUAACAUCUGCUUGGUAAAUUCCAAGCUUCUUCAGCUGAUAGGGUUCUACCUUACAGAAAAGUAGAAGUUAUAGUUAGGGGAGAUUACAUAAAAUAGGAAUGAGUUACAGAAUUACUAGGCACAUUAUUCAUUGAAAUGACAUACAAGCCUGUAAAAACUGUGUUACUGAAAACCGAGCGUAACCGUGAAUUGAUGCUGUAGUAUUAAUGAUAGAUUGAGAGAAACCCUUAGCCUCUAAGUUUUGUUUUGACCAAAUUUGUAAUUAUGAAUGUUUUUGAAGAACAAUAGAAACCUGAUAUUCCUCUUUUGUAUUAUAGUUUCCAGCAUUUAACAAAUCAGUAUCUUUUAAUAACAUAUACCAAUUAGUCCUUUAUCCUUCUUAGGUUUCAUUGGGCUUUUGGUAUGCCAAAUCUACAUUAACCUAUUAUUUACUUAUUGGAUGUAAUGCACUAAUUCAGCCUGUUAAAUAUAUAAAAUGAUAAUUUUUUACAAGCAACAUUAUGCUAUUAGUAACCCUAUUAGGAUGUUGGGUAUCAGUGAUACAGGUUGGUAGAGUGUAUUCAAUCAAGAUGGGGAGGGAAGCAAUGAUAGGUAUUUUCAUAUACACAACAUUACCAAUAUUGGUAAUGCAAAAGGGGUUUUGUUUCUGAGCUAGUGUCCAAGGCAAUUUUUGUCUUAUGCAUAUUUGUAUUUAAGACUGUACAUCAGUCUCUUCAAUACAAAGCUCCAGUUG